UAACGAGACCCGUCGGACUCGUAUAAGCAGGCCUUGUUGUCGAAGAAGAUGAAGCGAAGGUGUCCGUGAGAUUUGCGGCAGAACCAAACAACAAACAGGUAGAGUGCAGUGUCUGGUAGUAGAAAGAAAGGAAAGAAGAAAGAAGAAACAAAGGAAAAUGGGAGCUUCUUCUUCUACAAUGCAGCAGCAGCAGCAUCAGGAAGAGAAUGAGAUUGAAUCGCUAGCAGCUUCCACAGGGUCGCUUCCAAUGCUCAGGAACGCCUUCUCCAUCCUCUCCGAUGACACGAAAAAGGCCAUCCCCGUGAGAUCUCUUCAGGAUUGUUUCUGCUUAAACGUCACAAAUGUAGCAUCUGAAGCAUCCUCCUCACUGCCUGAUUGCUUUAUGGAGCUAUUGGUUCAUCUGGGUCCAGCCAUAGUAGACCUGUUUUUCACCUCAGAUGAAGGAGGAGUUCAUUGGGUUGAAUUCUUGAGAGGGUAUGUUAGGUGCUGUGGAAGGAUGUCAUUAUCGAUGUCCAUUAACAACUUGUACAGGUUAUAUGCCGCAGCUAGUGGAAAAGCUGUCAUUCCUUCAAAGUUGGAUUUUGAAUCAGAUGAUGCUGACAGUAAGAUUAGUGGUUCCCUCAUGCCUAGUGAUGUCCUUAUGCUUCUAUGGAUGUGUUGGAUUAUGUCACGGAGUUCAAGGAUUCGGAAGCUGUCCGAUGAGAAGGCUACAUUGAUUCUUCCGGAUAUAAAUCAUUUAAUAUUUUCAGCCAUUACAUUGUGCAAUGAAAAUAGCAAUGACUUAAAUUUCAAAGACUGUAAUAUUUUGACCUUGGAAAACCAUAUUUUUGCACAAAAGUUUCAUCACUGGGUCUCUACUACGGUUCCAGGCCUUGCUCAUUGCUUUUCCCAGUAUGUCCACAAUAGAUUACAAAAGGGUGCAACUUCAGAGGAGGGCUUGGAUGAUUCCAAUUUAUCACAUGAUUGCACCUCAUCGGAGGAGUGUGAUAAAUGUCUUCUAACGUGUGGAAGGGCCUGGGCUAUCCAUCUUAGUCUACGAGAUACAAGAGAUGAGCUCUUAAGUGUAUGCUUUCCUGGAAAAGGCAUUAAAACGUUCGAAAACCUUUUGUAUCGGUCUUCUCUUCAUGGGAAGGGAUUAAACAGAUUCUGGUCUAACACUGAAGGUUACCAUGGAGUAUUGUUAAUAUUAUUGUCUGCUAGCUCCAUAGGUGCCCAUCAGGGUGAUGAUGCCAAUGUUGAAAGAUGGGUCAUCAGCGUGCUUACUCAGCAGGGCUUCGAAAGCAGAGACACAUACUAUGGAAGCUCUGCAUAUCUCUAUGCUAUCAGCCCAAUUUUCCACGUAUUUCCACCUUCCGGGAAGGACAAGAAUUUUGUAUAUAGCCACCUGCAUCCUACGGGGAGAGUAUAUGAAGCACAUCCAAAGACAGUGGGUAUCGCGUUUGGAGGAACUGUUGGAAAUGAGAGAAUAUUUAUAGAUGAAGAUUUUGCUAGAGUUACUGUUCGUCAUCAUGCAGUUGACAAAACUUACCAACCCGGCUCUCUAGUUCCCAAUCAGGGGUUUUUACCUGUCGAAGCUUCGAUUAUAGAAGUGGAAGUGUGGGGCUUGGGUGGAAAAUCUGCCAAGGAACAGCAGGAUGCAUAUAAGAAGAGAGAACAGAUUUUUACGGACCAGAGACGAAAGAUUGACUUGAAAACUCUUGCUUGGGAGGAUUCUCCUGAGAAGAUGAUGAUGGACAUGGUCUCUGAUCCCAACCGAGUUCAACGGGAGGAUCGAUAGAUGGCUUGUCAAAGUUGGUGUCUCUGGUUUCUUCUCCCAAAGUAGGAAAUUUCGCCACUGCUGUUUGUUUCUGAAUGCAGUUUCAGUGCAUGACCUGAACUAAUCCCUGGUGAAGAAUCAUGUAAUUGCUUAAAUCAUAUGUAAAGGCAAACAAGCAUUGUAGUAUGAAAGGGCUCAUCUGGGUUCCUACUGCUGUAUUUGUUUGGCAUGAAAAAAUUUAUGCUUUUGCAAUCCAUUCAGAAGCAAAUUCUAGUCUUCUCUAA